CACUGGACUGGAUUGCAAUGUCGUUGCGGUACGACGUACGACUGCUACGACGUCUUUCGAUAGGAAUUUUGACACAAAAAGUUAAUUAGCUGGAAAGUUUGUUCGCGUACAUUUUCUAUUUUCCGUGUUGAUAGCUAUUUUGGAAAAACUCAUGUAGCAUGUGUGAUUUGCUUUGUUUCCCACUGCAAUGAUGUAAGAUGAAGCAAUUACUGUUUGACAGCUGGCAUUGUUGAUAUUGUUCAGAUGGAAGGAAUUCUCUGGAAGUGGACAAAUUAUUGGAGUGGGUGGCAAACCAGAUGGUUUAUACUUGAAAAUGGGGUGUUAUCAUAUUAUAAUUCUCAAGAUGAAGUAAACCAAGGUUGUAAAGGUUCCAUGAAAGUCUCUGCUUUAGAAAUUAAUGUGAAUCCAGUUGACAGCACUCGACUGGAUCUCGUUAUACCUGGAGAACAGCAUAUUUAUUUACGAGCAGCAAAUGCUCAAGAACGUCAGCAGUGGCUGGUAGCAUUGGGCAGCACUAAAGCAUGUGUAAACACAAAGAGUAGGAAAGAUUCAGUAGAACCCAACCCUGACAUUCUGAAA